AUGGAUGAUUUGACGUUACUUGAUCUCCUCGAGUGCCCUGUGUGCUUUGAAAAGCUCGAUGUCACAGCCAAAGUUCUCCCCUGCCAGCACACCUUCUGCAAACCAUGCCUACAGAGGAUUUUCAAGGCCCACAAGGAGCUGAGGUGCCCGGAAUGCAGGACCCUGGUGUUCUGCAGCAUCGAGGCGCUGCCCGCCAACCUGUUGCUGGUGAGACUGCUGGAUGGUGUACGCUCCGGGCAGAGCUCGUGGAGAGGAGGCUCCUUUAGAAGGCCUCGAAUACUGACCUUGCAGGACAACAGGAAAGCCAAGAGCAGCCCCAGAAGUCUACAGGCCAGCCCUUUCCGGCUGGUGCCCAGUGUCAGAAUCCACAUGGAUGGGGUUCCUCGAGCCAAGGCCUUGUGCAGCUACAGAGGGAAGAAUCCUGGUGACCUGAAGUUUAAUAAAGGAGAUGUCAUCCUCCUUCGGAGACAGCUUGAUGAGAACUGGUACCAGGGGGAGAUCAAUGGGGUCAGUGGGACCUUCCCAGCCAGCUCUGUGGAAGUCAUCAAGCAGCUGCCCCAGCCACCCCCACUCUGCAGAGCCCUCUACAACUUUGACCUUCGAGACAAGGAUAAGAGCGAGAACCAGGACUGCCUGACUUUCCUCAAGGAUGACGUCAUCACAGUGAUCAGCCGAGUAGAUGAGAACUGGGCAGAGGGAAAGCUCGGAGAUAAAGUGGGCAUCUUCCCCAUCUUGUUCGUAGAGCCAAACCUCUCUGCAAGACACCUCCUGGAGAAGAACAAAGGGCAUCAGUUAUCACGCACAAAAAACCUAUCCCUGAUGUCCUCACCAUCCAGAAGCAAAGCAACCAACACAUCCUCUCUCCGAAAGAGCCCAGGGUCCAGGAGGAAAGGAUCUGGGCAGUUCUCCAUGACUACAGCUUUGAACACACUCAACCGAAUGGUCCAUUCUCCUGAAGGUCACCAGAUGGUGGAAAUCAGCACCCCAAUGCUCAUCAGCUCUAGCAGUCCCUCUGUGCUCACCCAGCAUGGGGACAAGGCGGACUUCCCUGCCAGCUCUGCAGGACAGGUCAGCACUUCUCACUCUGCACCUGCCUCUCCAGGACAUUCCACAGCCGUGGUCAGUGUGCCCAGCUCCCAGCAACACCUCUCAACUAACAUGUUUGUGGCCCUGCACUGUUACUCAGCCCACGGACCUGAAGAGCUGGACCUGAAGAAGGGUGAAGGCAUCAGGGUUCUGGGCAAGUCCCAAGAUGGUUGGCUGAGGGGCGUCUCCUUAGUCACUGGACAAACUGGCAUCUUUCCAAGUGACUAUGUCAUCCCUGUUUUCAGUUCAACAGCUAGAAAGACAUCUAGUUUUCCUGAUUCCCGGAGCCCCACUGUCUGCACCACAUGGGCAUUAUCCACCUCCUCUGUGUCCUCCCAGGGUAGCUUUUCAGAAAGUGAUGCCCGGCAAAAUGGACCCUUCAAAUCUGUCUUUGUGCCCACUGCCGUAGUUAACCCUUCGAGGAGCACACCUGGCCCAGGGACUUCUGGACAAGGGUCUCUUAGGAGAGUGCGGAGCAGCAUGAGAAAGAAUGGAUCUCUACAGAGACCAGUUCAACCAGGGAUACCCACUUUCAUGGUGGGCUCCCUCAGGUGCAGUCCUACCAUGGUGAUCCGGCCUCAGAAGUUCCAGUUUUAUCAGCCACAGGGGAUGACCCCUUCCCCAACACCAAUAACGGUGGAGCUGGGGUCUAAAUCUAUUUCCACCGGGGAGCCUGCCCUGACCUACAUCAACAGAGGUAGCAAGACCAGGAUCCAUUCAGCAGGCAAUUCCAUCAUCAUGGAAGGCAAAGAAAUGCCCAUCAAGAGUGAACCACCACCCAAGCCACCUGCAUCUGCACCACCCUCCAUCCUUGUGAAACCAGAAAAUUCAAAAAAUGGCAUCGAAAAGCAAGUCAAAACCGUGAGAUUUCAGAAUUACAGCCCUCCGCCCACUAAACACUCUGCCUCCAGUCCCACCUCUGGAAAGCAUGAACAGCCAGCCACCUUCAAGGGGUCCCAACCCGAAGCAGUCUCCUCAGGAGGAGAGAUGACCAUCCUAUUUGCCCACCGAAGUGGCUGUCACUCUGGGCAACAGACAGACCUUCGGAGAAAGUCAGCCUUUGGCAAGACCAUGCCCAUAGUAUCUACUGCUUCAGCCACACAGACCUUAUUUCCCAGCAAAUGAUUCUUCAGGUGGCUUUUCUUAGACACAAAAGAGGUGAAUUGCAUAUAAAUACAGUCUGCCUCUACUACAGACUAAUACUGUUCUUUGAAGGUUGAGUCUCCUUAAUGUUCCUUUUAACCUGCAGGAAUGGGAAGACAGGAAUUCCGGGUUGGCCUUCUGCUUUCUUUUUAGCCUUGGCUG